AUGCUGAAGAAGUACCGCGAAAAUUCGAUGCCGGUUGACUCGGAAGAAUUGCGCCGGAUCCGGCGGGCUGCCCGUGACAAUCAAAUCUUUGUCUCCUUGGGCUUUUCGGAGAUCGAUCACGCAACCCUUUACCUUGCCCAGGUAUUGAUCUCGCCAACUGGCGAGGUCAUUAACCAUCGCCGGAAGAUCAAACCUACUCACGUUGAGAAGCUUGUCUACGGUGAUGGGUCAGGCGACACUUUUAUCUCAGUCACUGAGACAGACAUUGGUCGUGUCGGACAGUUGAAUUGUUGGGAGAAUAUGAACCCGUUCCUGAAAUCCCUCAGUGUUUCGCUGGGCGAGCAAGUGCACAUCGCUGCGUGGCCACUCUAUCCAGGAUUGGAGAGACAGGUUGCACCGGACCCAGCGACAAACUAUGCGGACACUGCGUCGAACUUGGUGACGCCCGCGUACGCGAUCGAGACAGGCACCUGGACUCUGGCACCCUUUCAAAGAGUCUCGGUCGAAGGAUUGAAGAAAAACACACCCGAGGGUGCUGAACCAGAGACUGAUCCAGCCCCAUACAACGGCCAUGCCCGCAUUUAUUGGCCGGAUGGCAGUCUGCACACCAAGCCAGACAAGGACUUUGACGGACUGCUGUUCGUUGACAUCGACCUGAAUGAGUCGCACUUGACCAAACUCCUGGCAGAUUUCGCCGGCCACUACAUGCGUCCAGACCUGAUCCGCUUGCUAGUUGAUACUCGGCGUAAGGAAUUGGUGACCGAAUCCGACCCUGCCGGCGGUAUUGCUACCUACAGUACGCAUGCUCGAUUGGGACUGGAUCGUCCACUAGAUGGAGAGCCGAAGUCAAACAAGGGACAUGUAGAGAGUGUCAAUAGGAAGGUCGAUGAAGGCGCUACGAAGAUCUAG